AUGCGAGUGGAUAGAUCUUGGACGUUUGCGCUGUAUGCCUUCGGCACCUCUGCUGCUCAAGCACUGCAAUGUCCGCCUCUUGCCCAGCACUAUGCAUUUCAGAUGAUCGCUAGCAAUAUCGAAAGAGGGCAAGGCGCAGCAGCAAGCACAUCAGGCACAGGACUCAUCGAACUCGGCAUCUUCUAUCAAGCUCUGCGACAGGGGAUUGCAGCGACAGACGACACUAUUCAAAAGCAGGAAUGGACGGCAUAUCUACGCAACAGCACCGCAAGUGCUAUACCACUGUUCACAGAUGCGACAUUGUCUGCCCAAUAUCCCCUUGAUCGAUUCUCCAUCGGUACUGAGAUGAUUCAACAAUCCAAGGAGAGACAUGAUGAUGGGUUGAACCUUGCGAUACAAGUACUUCAGGAGUCGCUCAAGCAACAACCUUGCAAUGCGAAUGGGGGAUUGUGGUAUUACAAUAACGCGAACAACCUGAGUGCUUAUCAAAACCUUUCUUACACCGACGGCAUGUAUUCGUAUCCAACAUUUGCGAUCUUGAGUUCUGAUAACUCGCCCAAUGACAAAGGCUUGUUUGGUAGUGCGGCCGUACUUGAGCAGCUCGAGAUCCUCAAAGCCAUCUGCGAUGAUGGAACAGGACUGCUGGUUCAUGGUUACGACGCUCUCAAAUAUCACUCUUGGGCCAACUCAGAAACUGGCGCAAGUCCCUCUGUCUGGGGUCGCUCAUUGGCAUGGUAUACACUCGGCGUUGUCGAAGCGCUCGCUGCCCUCCAAGCAUCAACUUCAUCAAACACAAUCCUGGAGACCAGGAUCGCGCGUGAGAAUAUGAUGGCGCUUCUCAAUGACCUUCUCAGAGCUCAGUUAAUUGCCAUUGAGCGAGGUCUCGCUGUCAACGGACGAUACAGUGUCUGGCAGGUCGUUGAUUUACCUGGUGCCACAAUUAAUAGCACCCAGAACUUCGUCGAGAUGAGUGCAAGUCUGAUGACCGCAUACUCCCUCCUCAAAUCUGCUCGCGUCGGGUUCAUUAAAGAAAGCAAGCUACGUGUCAAAGCUAUUGCCGCGGGCAUUGGACUCUGGGACAAUGUCCUUGAGACACAAGUCACCCGCGAUACCAACGGGACGUUGAAUCUUGGCGGAACAAGUUCGAUCGCAAGUCUGAGUCCGCAAAACGUCAAUGCCGAGUACUAUUCUGCCAGACCUACGUUGAAUAAUAGCCUGAUUGGUACCAGCGCUUUCAUCCUUGCGAGUCUUGAGUUGGAGAAACUAUGUAGUUGA